AUGGCCCCGCCCGAACACUCGUUCCCAGUCGGCGCCCUCGACCAGCGCGUGCACUACCGAACGGUCGAGUUUAAGGAGAAGAGCCGGAAACUGCGCGGCGACUUCGAUCUCAAGCGAGACUGCGAACUACUCGAGCUGGUCCAGUACAGCUGCACCACUCCCGAGCAGCAAUACCAACGGGCGAUGGCCAGUCCGACGGGGACGGCGCGCAUGGAAUGUUUCCCGUUCGUCAGGCUGUUCAGAAAAUGUCAAGAGAAGAGCGGCAAAGUGUUCCACGUCGAAACCACUGCUUGGGAGGGCGAACAUGCCUGGACUCCGCCUGCGAAGUCGCAACCGACAGCAGAGUUGACGACUAAAGACACCGCAACCUCAACGAGUGAGGAAGACUCGAUCGGAGACACAAAUUCGUUCGCAAACUAUGGCAACUAUUUCUGGUCUCGGAAAUGA